AUGGCUGAUCUAGAUCCAGAUCUUGGGACGCGAUCGUAUCCUUAUUCGCGGGCAGUAGCAAGUACUGUCGCAGCUAUUGGAAGUAAAUAUGAUUCAUUGAACGAUAUGAUAUCAGAGUAUCAGUCCUCAUGCAGUGAAACAGCGCAGCUACUUCGGGACAUCUCCGUGGCCGUUCAAAACGAGAUUGACGGCGCGGAAAUUUCACUAGCUAUAGAGGACCAUCUAAAUGCCUUGAACUCGGAAUUUGUGGCAUCAAUGCGGGUGGAAAAAUCGGUCCAAAAUGAUACUAAAGCUCUGAAGCAUGUCCAGUCGUACGCCUCUACACAUGCUCAAGCUCUUGGUCAAUCGGCACAAGAUGUUCUAGCGUCGGAGCAAUCUGUUGAUGCUUUGAACGUUUCUUUUUCCAAGUCUUUGGAACAACAGCGACAAAAGAGCAGCACGCGAACAAUUCCUGGAUACACACCCGUUCAAAUGGACAGUUACGUUCGCUUCCGCAAUGCUGUCGCAGGUGGUUCAAUCGCCCCUACGCCCUUAUUGACCGCCUCAGACGUUGUGCAAUUCAUGGAGCUAGAAGAAGUGGAUGACGAUGGUAUCAUGAUCGGUCGGACAGUGCGUGACUACAAAUGCCCUAUAACCGGUGAAUAUCUACAAAAUCCCGUCCGGGCCAGAUGCGGCCAUCAUUUCAGCCGCGACGCUGUUCUACAGUAUAUUGAAGAACUCUCCCAAACCAAUGGAGACGAGGUCGCUUGCCCAGUGAGCGGCUGCCCUUACCCAAUCAGUGUUACAGAGCUUGUUCCUGACGCAGGGAUAGAGCUGCUCGUGAAUGCAGCCUGGAAACGCGAGCGUCAACGAACUCACUCAGCUCGUGCUCAGGCUACCUCUGUACAAUAA